GCCCCUAUGACCAAUGAAGUAAAACAAAAGGCCUACCCACCGAAAACAAUAAGAAACUCAACAAGAAGAAGAUUAGUUGUUUGGUUGUCAAGAAGUAUUCAUUUCUUCAAUCCUCAACAAUACCACUUUCCUUCCAAAGCUAGACCUCCCCAUCUCUAAGAAAACUAGCAUCAAAUUUCCAUUUGAAAUUCAUGCUGCUGCUGCUGGCUUUUCUUUGAAGAUGGUGCAAAGAAAGGUACCCAACAAGCUUGGUAUCCAAGCUGAUCAUGUUAAAGCCGAGAAGCGGUUGGGGAACCUGAAACCAAAUUCUUGUCAGCAUCAGGAUGGAAAGAAUGGAGGACCUGAUAUGAAGAAGAAAAUGAAAAGGUCAAGAUCAAUCAAGCUUUCUGAUAUUGAGAGCUUGAAAUCAUCAUCACCUUUGAGGAAAUCCAUGUCACAGCCUGGAAAGCCGCCGCCGCCUCUCAAUGCUCCGACAACCGAAGCAACACCACAGAAGCAGCUUAUGAUCAAAACAACUGAUGGUUCGCCGAAUUAUAUGAAGUCCACCAGCAGUUCAGAGGCGAGAAAGGAGUGUUCCCUGGUGAGUCCCUUGAAUACUCAAGCCGGUUCAAAAGGCAAGAACUUGCAUCGUAGAAACUCUGGUAGUUCGAAAUUUAGCCCUGCUUCUAGUAACAAACAGGCAAGAACUUUAUCAAAGACAUCUAGUUUGAAGCUGGUGAGGACUCCCAGUUUUAAGCCAAUGAGAGGUACUGCGAAAAAAUGUUCUAGGGUAGCUCUUUGUGCAGACGUGAGUGCACAAACAGCUACUUGUUCUUCAACCCUGAAGGACUCCAAGUUUCCUCCAUACCUUAUGCUUAAUCCCGGGGGUACUGAAUCAGAGGGAACUUCUGUCAAGAAGGUAUGCCCAUACACCUAUUGCUCUCUUAACGGUCAUCAUCACAAACCUGUGCCUCCACUUAAGUGCUUCUUGAAGGCAAGGAGGCAUUCGUUGAAGGUCCAGAAAAGCAUGAAAUGGGAGGUUUUAUCCCCCCGUAGAGCCAGGCCAUCUGGUGAAGGAACAGAAGAAAUUCAUGGCGACAAACCUAUGAUACAAGAAACCGGCAAGGAUUUCUUCAUUGAAAUCUUCUCCAAAAAUACAGAAGAUAGCGCUUUUUCUGGAGAACCUGAAAGACGGAUUAACGAGUCCUGUUUUUACACUAGCCAUGAAGGAACAGCUGAACAAGACAGCAACAAUCAAGUUUCUGAGAGCUUGCCAGAUGAAUUACAAGGAUCAGAGAUUGAUUUUGAGGAAAAUUUCAAUAAUACCAAUGAACCAGAGAUUGAUGUUACAGGAAUAGAAGAUGAAAGGGAUGGGAAUACGGACUGCUCGUCAACCUUGUCCGAAGAAGAAGCAAUCAUGGGAAACUGUGAAAACAGGAGUGACAUGGAAGGGGAAUGCCAAGCAAGCAUGGAUGAAGAUGAUAACAUCUCUGAAGCAACUGACAUGGAGUGGGAGGAGGGCCAACUUUCUACUUCAGAGGUUGUUACAGAAGCUGAUGAUUUGAACAAGCCUGAUGAAGAUGAAUUUUGCACCAAAGUCGAGGGCACAACAGGAAUCAAGAAACUUGAUAGGCAUGAGGAUUGUGAGAUCAUUAUAUCAGACAACGCAGUCAGCAACUGCACAGAGGAAAUUCUAGCUGAUGAGAUACUGCAAGAACUUUUUGCAGAGGAAACUGCCUACAUUGAUAUGCAAUGCAGCGAUAGUGAUUCUGAGUGGGAUGGCAUACUCCAUUAUUGGGAGAUUCUCGAAUCUAUCCAAGGGGCACGGGACUUAACUUCAGCUGAAGAUGCAUCUGAGGCGCUUAAAACCGAGGAGGCCAGGGAGAAAACUCAGGAGGAAGGAGUUCAUGAAACGGAGAAUGAUGUCACUGAAACACAUCCUCAACUUGGAUAUGAUGAAAAUGAUUGCACCACAGACAUUUCAGCUGAAGUUCUAAAUGGUCACCAGGAGGAUACAUCUCUUCAAACUGAUCAUGCAACUAUGAAGCUUCAGAACCAAAUUGCUGAUUCUCCUCAGAUUUCUGACAAGAUGGAUAUGGUUGGAACAAACAAGGAGGAUUCCAUUGAUCAACAGAUCAAGGUCGCGGAGAAUAAUCAAGAUUUUUCCAUUUCUGAACUCCCUUAUGGUGAAGCUGGAGAUGCAACAGAAGAUCGAGAGCAAGUUGCCAAUGCUGAAUUCACAUUUGAAAUUUCUGAUUCCCCUCAGAGUUUUUAUGAAGCUGAUCAAGAUGAUGCUGAACUAGAUGACUAUGGAAACCACAUGACAACUGAAGCUUGCCAGCUUGAUGUAACUGUUGAAGACAGCAGUUCAAGUCAAGAUCUUUUUGCCCACAGCACUCCAACUGAGCCUCAUAACCACCAAUUGGAUGAACAUGAUGAGACAAAUAAUGUUCCUGAGAGCCAGAACUUAUCUGACGAAGAUCAAGAUGAGGCUAACAAGAUCAAAAUCCUAACUGCCAUGGAUUUUGAGGCACAGAGUGAUUCAAGAGUGCAUGAAAUCAAUUUAACAAGAGAUGAUACAAGAGAUGCUGAGAAGACAGAAGUGGAAGUUUGUAACAAGUCAGAUACGGCAGAAACCCUCCUCUCUGCCAACAAUGGAACCAGCAUAGGAUCAAAGCGUCCAUUUUUAUACACAAGAGGAAAUCCCGAUCAAGAACUUCACGAUACCUGCAACAACAGGAAAUGGACAUUUGGAGACAAGAAACCCAUCGUGGACCUGGAGGAAGAGAGAGAAUUCAACCCAAGAGAACCAAAUUUCCUUCCUGUUGUUCCGGAUCCAGAGGCAGAAAAGGUCGAUCUCAGGCACCAGAUGAUGGAUGAAAGGAAAAAUUCUGAAGAAUGGAUGAUUGAUUAUGCGCUACGACAGACUGUCACCAAACUCGCUCCAGCUAGGAAGAGGAAGGUGGCACUACUUGUUGAAGCUUUUGAAAAAGUCUUGCCAACACCGAAAUAUGAAACUCGUAUCAGGCAUGCACCAGCAGCAUUUUCUCACACAAGACCGAUUCAAGCUUGUAGCUGAUGUCACUCACUGAGAUCAUGCUAAAAUGGAAGCUACACAGGUAGAUUCUACCUAUAAUAAAAGUUGGUGAAGUAGGAAGAUUAUUAUUGCUAGCCAGGGCCCAAGUUCUAGACGUAAACUACAAUCUCAGGUAGAGAAACAUCUUAUUCUGUUCACUUUCAGAACUUCAGAGUUCAGACAAUCAUGUGAUGGCUAGAAUGAAGAUUCAAGUGCAGAUGCAGUGUUCGGUAGUUUCUCCUAAUCUCUGCAGAUGAAGUCCAACUGAAGAGUCUUGUCUACAUAUGUAAUAGCAGUAUGAAAUCUGACUGAGUUGUCAUCCAGAUGAUUACUAUCUAUAAUAUGUUGUUGGAGAAACUCUUCUUCCUCCAAAUGUUGUUAAUGUAUUGUGGUUAUUAUGUCUAAUAUUGUGCAGUAACUAAUGAAUUUAUGUUUGUGUUUAUCUGAUUA